AUGCACUCUGAGAUUGGUGAUGAUGAUGAUGAUAAUGAUGCGAUAGGAUGUAUUCUAUUGCAGUGUUCAAUGUUUGCGGACUUAUUCGAACGUGCCGUUGUGAAUGGACUAGCCGCGAUGUCGACACAACACCCUGGCAUUCAUCUGCACGCAUCUGCCGAUCAUCUGAGGCUAGCAAAUGAGCUGAUCGAUUCAAUGCGAUCUGCGCUUUCGUUAUCGUCGUCGGUUGCCGAUCAUCUGAUUUCGCCUCAACCCGAUCCACUGCAGUCACAACAAUCGUCAUGGCCAACCGUCGUCUUCUAUGGACAACGUCCAUGGCGAGUGUCAACCGAAAGUGGCGGAGGUCUAGCCGAUUCGAUCACUGAGAACAAUGCGAGAAUCACUCUUGAGCAACGUUGUAUGCCGAACCAUAAACGAUGUUUAGCAUUGCUUUCAUCCGCAAUGUCGCAGUUCAAAAAAUACAAAUGCGUUCGAAUGCAACGACACAUAAUGUUGCUGAUGGCUGAUGAAUACGCUGCGUUGAAUCAUCACUCGAAAGCCUUGCAAUUCAUUUCGCACGUUUUAUGGGAGUGUCGUAUUGAGAAGUUCACUCUGCCGAUUUCACUGCUGCUCUCGCGAUCGCUGAUGUCGUCGUUUUUCGUGGCUGAUCUGAAAGAGUUCGUCUCGUCGAGUGUACAGAUUCUCAACAUUCAUUCGUUUCCAUCAUUCGAAUCAAUUUCCGCACACAUCGCCAUGAACAUCAACCGAAUACGAAACGCACAACCACCACUCUCACCAUUACCCUCAUUCCAACUCUCUGAUGCACAAUUAAUUGCUUGCCAACAACAAUGGAUGAACGUCUUCUCAGAGCGUGUGUUCUUUUCGUUGAGUGCACCACGUAUUGAUGCCUUCGUUCGUGCACAUGCUUCGUUUUUAUGCACCGAGCAGGCGAUUGCCUCUGGAUCAACGCUGAUUCUUAAGGUGUCUCUUUAUUCGUGUGCGUGUGUAGCGAUGCACUUCGAGCGUUUACGUGUGAAUGUCAGUGAUGCGUCAACGACAACCACAAAUGCCGAGCGAUUGCCGAUGUUCGAAUUCCUUUCUGAGAAUAUCGAGUUGAAGCCGAAUUGUGAGACGAAUUUCUUUUAUGAACUCAACUUGGAUGUCAACGAAUUUCUUGAAACGAAAUUAAUUGUGGUGAGCGGAUUGAACUUGGAAUUUGGCUCAUUGCAUUCGUGUGUUUAUGGAACAUUGGAUUGGGAAUUUACAUCGUUAACGAUGGGUGUCCCAGAAUCUGCUUAUAGAACUUCGAUGUUGGACUCGCGCAUUGGAAUGCCGUCAAUUAAAGUGUAUCCUCGAGAGGCGAGUGUACGGUUAGAAGGCGAUCUGAAGGGAGAUGCUCUGUUGGGACAGGUGGCGAAUCUUUCUUUGAAAUUGGUUUGUGACGAGAACGAAGUGUUACCUGAACGCUUGAGAGUGGAAUGGUAUGCGGAAUCGUGUAAAGAAGAUGUUCCGUCCUCGGUGCAAACGGCAACGUCAACAUCAACAUCAAUAACGACGGCACAGUCGAAAUCUUCACCAUUGCUCUUUUUGAAUUCACAAAACAAACUCAUCGACAGCGAUGAGCUCUGUGUUGAUAUCGCUUCAUUGCACACAACGGAAACACCGAACUCGCCUGUUGAGGUUUAG